AUGAUAAUUCAUAUUUCCCUAAAUUUCAGGGUUUAUUACCUUUGAACCUCAGCUUUACCGCAGUAUUAAUGUCAGUUACUUUUUCAGCCAGGUGCAUGGAUAAAUCACUUGUUUUAGUUGAAACACUGGUUUAGACUGUGGGAAAGCACUAGGUAGAGAACAGCUGAAUGUAGAGCUUAAAUGCUGAGUCAGUAAUCUUAUUUUGAAGCACAGAAGGGAGAUAGAGAUAAACCAGUGGCUGACUGGAAUUGUUAGAUAACCAUAUUGCUGUUUUUUAGAUAACGUUCUUGCUGCAGCGUAGAGUAGCUUGGUAGGCUGAAGUCUACUGUCUGGCCACUCCUUUUACUCUGGGUUCAGAAGUACAUUCCGUCUUGGGUUGUAGCCUUUCAUGUAGGGAGAAUAGGAGCAAAUAUAAUAUCUGGUUUGGACUCUAACCCAACUCUGGAGGUGAGGCAGAGAGUGAGAGACAGAAUGCGUGGCAGGAAGUCAUCAAUGUAUUUUAUUUUGCUUAUUCAGAAAAUAAAUGCUAAGCUUCAUGAUGGAGUGUGUCAGCAUUGCAAAGGUAUCUUGGAGUGGCGAGUAAAAUUCAGAAAGUACAAGCUACUGACAAAACCUAAAAAAUGUGUGAAAUGCCUCCAGAAGACUGUAAAAGAUCCUUAUCAUAUUAUUUGUCGACCAUGUGCUGGUAAACUAGAAAUUUGUGCUAAGUGUGGGAAACAAGAAGAAAUAGUGAUUCCGAUUGAUAAAGGACAAGACAGAACUGACAGUGAGACUUCUAAAGAUGGCCAAGAGAGCACUAAAUUGAAGGAUGAGCUGGAUUUUGGUACAAAUUUCAGUAGUGCAGACAGUGAUGAAGAUUCUGAUGUGCUUGAAGAACAAUUUAAAAGUAUGAAUUUUGAAAAAACAGAGAGCUAAAAGGCUGUGUUUAUGAAGAGUUUAUAUGCCAUCAAAUGUGGUAAACCAGUGCUUGCCCUUAAACUGCUCCAAACCCUGAUUAGACACCUAAGGUCCUUGUAUGUUAAUUUUGGCAUUGUGUAUGAUGAUGCAUGUGGGGAUUUGUAUUAAUACACAUUUUUCUGUAUUAGGAACAGAAUUUCUUUGAAAAUAUUCAGAAAAUAUUCCAUUUUCUAUCUGUAAGCAUAGUUAUUUAUUUCAUACAUAUAACAACUUCCUGUUUUUAUGGAAUAAAGUCUCUUUGUAAUUGUUUGAAAUUCA